CUCUGAAGGUGCGCACCUUGCAAAAAUGACAGCCAAGGAGGGCAACACGAUAAGGCGCAGGCUGGUGGCCUCAUCGGUUUCCGAGAUGUGGAGAGAGUGAGAGGGGGUCGGUGGUGGUUUGAAGAUCUCCAACAGGUCAGAGGAGUCUUGCAGGUGGUGUCACCCGAUAGGUGGAGAGAUGGGCAGCAGGCCUCGGGGUUCGAGGUCCUGCAGACAGUUUAGCCAUGGGAAUGGUGUCAGGGGAGAGAAAAGGACGGAAGAAGAAAAAGACGAGGGAAAAAAGGAACCAAAAAAGAGAGGGAGAGAGAGGGGCGCAGGGUCUUCGGUCUCAGGUAGUAGGUGGAUGGUAGGUCGGUCAGCUGAGAGAGCCUGGCACACGUGUGCGAGAUGGACAGAAGCAGACCACAAAAGGGGGACAAAAAAGGACAACAAGAACAAGGCCAAAAAGGAAGCCACAAAACGGCGAGGCCGCGCGCCUCCCUUGGGGCUUUUUAAACGUCUGGAGCUAGUUGAUUAGAUAAGUGAAACAGUAGAGCACAGGAAUAAGCUGAAACAUUUGAAAACGAUGCGGC